GGGCAGCAGCUGCUGAGUUGCUCAGACAUGGCGGAGGGUACAGUGUAACUGAGGAUCAGCGGCGGAGUUAAGUGAGUUUUCCCAGCAGUUGAGUUGGCGAAAGGAGCCUGAAAUGGUCCGGAAGGAGAGGAAAAUGCGUUCAGUUGACGAGUACGUGAGGGGGAAGCAAAAAACGACCGGAACUGCUCCACGUUAGGAAGAUGGAAACAUGUAUCGCUGUUUAGUGCAGUCAACAGCCUUGGGCAACAAAUAUGGCUUCUUGUGCCUUUUUCAAUAUGCUAUAAAAAUCGAUUUCCCGUGCAACCUAAUGCCGUGGUGGUUCCGACGAACUUCUGCGAGCAGCGGUAAGUUCAGUUCGGUAAUCGUUCGGUACUUUUGAUCAGUGAGGAUCCCAACAUCCACUUGGCCGUCUGGGGUUAGCUGGGAAAGCUACGGAACUACGGCAGAUAGCAAUGGAGCCAAAGCACAAAGAGUUGCUAGACCAGUGCCACCAGAACUUACUGGAGUCCAUAACAGAUGCGGACCGAGUGAUCGAGCUGCUGAUAGUCUCGGGUACUUUGAGUCAACUGGACAGGUUCGAACUGGACCAGAACUGCUCGUCCAGCGCCGAGAAAGUCGAUCACCUUUUGAAGAUGCUGAUGAACAAGGAGAGCGACCAUUUCCUCGACCUGUGUGUGGCCCUGGAGAAGGCAUACCCUGACCUGUACAUUGCCCUGUUCAGCAACAACGGCGGUGGACCCGUGGACCACUCCACUGGUUCCACCUACAGCGUCCUGUCCACCAUGCCAUCAGACUCGGAAAGCAGCAGUUCUCUCAGUAGCGUUGGUUCCCCUGUAAACGGUGAAGCGUCCUCCCCUCCCCCAGCCGUUAACGACAACCGUCACGCCGGCGACAACCUGGACACCAUCCUCCUGCAGCUCCGCCAGGUGACCAGGGAGCGGGAUGAGCUUCGGAAGCGUCUGGCGUUGGCAUCGCCUGGGACCACCUUCGAUGACUGCAGGCCAAAUCCCAAAGCCAGCCAUGACUACGAGCGCCUGAAAAGCCAGUGCAUGAGGGCCAUGGGAGACCUACAGUCUCUUCAGAACCAGCAUACCAAAACACUGAAGAGGUGUGAGGAGGCCGUGAAGGAAGCCGACUUCUACCACAUGCUGCACAGCCGCGUCCUGGGCGACCAGGCUCAGCUGAAGGAGGAGAUGGAAACGGUCAGGAGAGAGAACGCCCAACUUGUCCGAGAACACAACCACCUGAAACAGAACUGCGAGGAGCUCAAACGACUUCACAGUCAAGACCAGAAGGAGUUGGCAGACCUUCGGCUGCAACAACAGCAGGUGAUGAGGGAGAAAGGCUCGUCGGAGGUGUUGAAUCAGUUGUACGACACUGCGAUGGACAAACUGGAAGGCAUGAAGAAGGACUAUGACGCCCUCAGCAAGCGCUACGGCGAGAAGGUGGCCAACCACAACACUGACCUGAGUCGUCUGGAGCAGGCGGAGGAGGAGAACCGCCGGCUGCAGAAGCAGAUAGAUGCUUUGCUAAAACAGCGAGACUCGGCCAUGCACUACCAGCAGCAGUUCUCCACGUCGAUGAGGAGGUUUGAUUCAGUGCAGCAGGAGCUGAACAAGUCAUCGGCUCAAAACAAGGAGCUGCAGAGGGAGAUGGAGCGACUGCAGUCGGAGGUGACGCGCUACAAAAACCUGCAGCUGAAGGCUUCCAAGGACUGCGAGAAGUACAAGGAGGAGAGAGAUUCCGUCUUCAAUGAGUACCGCCUCAUCAUGAGCGAGAGGGACCAGGUGAUCAAAGAGCUGGAUAAGCUGCAGACGGAAUUGGAGGCGGCUGAAGCACGACUGAAGAACACUUCUUCAGAGCGGGUAGUGGCUAGUGAGGAGUUGGAAGCACUCAGACAGGAGCUGAACUCGUCACUGGUGGACCGGGACAGGGCCAUCUGCGAGCGGAAUGAGCUGCUGGAGAAGUACUGUGACGAAGUGAAGGACAAAGCAGAAGCCCAGAAGGAACUGAGCCAGGCCUGCAAGGACAUCGAGAUGGUCCGGGAGGAGAGGGACGUGGCUCGCAAGGAGAGGACCGAGGCCAUCAUUCAAAGGGAUCAGCUGCUUCGAGAAUACUACCAGGCCAGACAAAAACAAGACUCCGCUACCCUGGACAUGGAACGAGCCAAUAAGGAGAUAGAGAUGCUGAGGAAGCAGUAUGAAGCCAUGUCCCAGGAACUGAAGGAGGCCACACAGGAAGCAGAGGUGGCCAAAUGUCGAAGGGACUGGGCCUUCCAAGAGAGGGACAAAAUAGUGGCAGAGAGGGAGAGCAUAAGAACUCUGUGUGAUAACUUGCGGCGAGAAAGGGACCGGGCCGUCAGCGACCUGGCCGACGCCUUGCGUAAUUUGGACGAUAUGAGGAAACAGAAGAACGAUGCGCUGCGAGAACUCAAAGAAUUAAAGGAAAAGAUGGAGAGCCAGCUGGAGAAGGAGGCCCGGUUCUGUCAGCUAAUGGCACACAGCUCUCACGACUCCGCCAUUGACACGGACUCCCUGGAAUGGGAGACGGAGGUGGUGGAGUUUGAGAAAGACAGGGAGGACAUGGACUUGAAGGCUCUUGGGUUUGACAUUGCCGAGGGCGUAAAUGAUCCCUAUCUACCUGGAGACUGUGGAAUAUUUGUUACAAGGGUGGAUAAAGGAAGUGUUGCUGAUGGAAGGCUAAGAGUGAACGAUUGGUUGCUGAAGAUUAAUGACAUCGACUUGACCAAUAAGGACAGAAAACAGGUGGUGAAGGCUGUGGUUAAUGGAGGCGGAUUGAUCAACAUGGUGGUACGAAGAAGGAAGUCUCUGGGAGGAAGGCUGGUCACCCCUGUUCACAUCAACCUAAUGGGACAUAAAGACAGUGGUAUUAGUUUGGAAAGUGGGGUGUUUGUCACUGCCAUCGCCCUGGGAAGUCCCGCAGCCAGAGAGGGCUCGCUCACUGUUGGAGACAGACUCAUUGCUAUUAAUGGAAUUGCUCUUGAUGACAAAUCUGUGACAGAGUGUGAGGCUCUGUUGCGGAGCUGCAGGGACUCGCUGAGCCUCUCCCUUAUGAAGUUUUUCCCUCACAGCACAUCAGGCCAGAACAUCUUCGAGAGCCUGCGUGAUUCAUCCGAGAAGUCCAACGGACGCAUUCUGUUAUCUGAGCUCCACUCCAGAAACAGCCGCAACCUGAAACACAACAGCUCGACGCAAACCGACAUCUUCUGCCCUGAUGGUGGAAGCGCCAGCUCUGGUAGUACCUCUGGGGAGAGGAGGAAGGUCAGAGGGGAGCCUGAUGAGAUUUAUGGCGAUGUGAGCAAACCGUUCUCCAGCGUUUCCCUCCACGCCACUAGUCUGCGACCUCUGGCCGACCUGGGAACCGGUCGCUACGGACCCAGCGCAUUUCAGGAGUGCUGUUCGUAUACGAAGGCGCCUUCCUCCUUGCCGUUUGAGCCCAUUUCCCACUCUGAAUGCAUUGGUAUGGAGACUGCCCUGGAGAAGAAGCACAGUGGCGGCACAUGGCCCAAGAUGAUGGUCGGAGGUAUGUCGGUUGUUCCAGACAACACUAGUCAGAUCUCAGCAGCCACCCAACUCUCCAUCUAUAAAUCACCCAAGCAGAGGAAGUCAAUCUUUGACCCAGACACUUUCAAGCGCCCCGAGACUCCCUCUUCCAAGCUGGAGUACUUGGCAGCCAAUCAGAUUGCAGCUGUAGCUUCACACUCCCCACAGUCUUCAAAGACAGAAUCUCUCUCAUCCUCUUCUACCCCUACUCCAACUCCUCCUACCCCUCCCACCCGCAGUGACUCUUUUAAAUUCAAACACAAACAUCAAAGCAGCUCCGCCUCAGACUGCACGAUCACCUCCGACGGCAAAGGGGAGGCUUCCACCUCCAUGGCAGCAGGAGAGAGCAGAGAAAGGAGUGAACGAGAAAGAGACAGAAAUGGCAACCACUACUUCCUGGAAGGAAAGGUCCUGACUUCAAGAAAGUCAUGCGAUGAGGACAUUGGGCGCACCAGAAUGGAGGAGCCAGAGGUAAAGAGGCCUCGUCCUAAAUCUGCCCCUGCACUUCGACGUCGGACCCCAAAGAUCACUCAUCCCCCCUUCCAGGGCUACUCCAACGAUGAACAUUCACCAGAGUCCAGGGACAUACUGCACUCCCCCGGCCCCUCAAAUCGCCACAGUGUCGGCUUGAUACCUGCAGUCUACAAUGGCUCCCUACCUCCUAAUUCAGCCCAUCGUGGACUGUCUCCUUGCCCUGCUGUGACGGCUGUGAUGAGGAAUCCUGUAUAUACUGUGCGCAGUCACCGCGUUCAUACUAGCAACUGUCCAUCUGUAGCAUCUCAGAUAUGUCACCAGCACACCCACACCAGCCCCCAACACCAGGGUCGCCUGAGCUUGGACCUGAGCCAGCAGAAGCACACCAGCGAUUACUCUGAAACGUCCUCAUCACGCAGCAGCAGAGCGUCACACGGUACAAACUCACUGCCCUCCAGCGCACGGCUCGGUUCUUCCAGUAACGUCCAGUACCGCACAGAGAGGAUCAAAAUCCCCUCAACUCCCCGUUACCCCCGCUCCAUGCUGGGCUCAGACAGAGGCUCUCUGUCACACUCCGAGUGCAGCAGUCCCAGCCUCAUCACCCCUCCGCAGUCGCCACUCAACCUGGAGACUUCCUCGUUUGCCAGCAGCCAAUCACAAGGCUCCAUUUCCACGUUACCGCGUAUCUCAGUCAGUCCUGUGCCAAUAGGGGAGCGCAGAAAAGACAGGCCGUACUUGGAGGAACCGCGCAACGUCAUCGUUCACAAAGGUGUCGAGCCUCUGGGGAUCUCUAUUGUGAGUGGGGAGAACGGAGGAAUCUUUGUUUCAAAAGUUACUGGAGGGAGCAUCGCCCACCAGGCAGGAUUGGAGUAUGGAGACCAAUUACUGGAGUUCAACGGUAUCAACUUGCGGAAUGCUACAGAGCAGCAAGCUCGUCUCAUCAUUGGACAGCAGUGUGACACCAUCACCAUCAUGGCCCAGUACAACCCACAUAUGUACCAGCUGGGCAACCACUCUCGCUCCAGUUCCCGUCUCGAGCCCUCAGUCAGCAAUCAGUCAACCCCACAGGGGAGCGGGACUGCAACUCCAGACAGUCACUCUGUUAUUGAUACGCUCAGCGAGCAGGACGAGGGCACACUCACUCCCUCCUCCAAGCAAACUACCCCUACUACCAGCCCCAACAGUUUUGUCAGAGUGCCACCUGAGGGCAACAAGAAGGUUGGUGAGCCCAGACUUGUGACAGUCCACCGGCCUGGGGUAGAGGUGGGCGUUACUCUCUGUGGGGGGAACCUGCGGGGCGUCUACAUAGAGAGUCUGGAUGAGGACAGUCCUGCAAGAGGUCCAGAUGGGCUUAUUCCUGGGGAUCUCAUCCUAGAGUAUAACUUGGUGAACAUGAAGAAUAAGACGGCUGAAGAAGUGUACGUUGAGAUGCUGAAACCUGCAGAGACAGUGACAUUAAAGGUGCAGCAUCGGCCUGAUGAUUUCAGCACGGUCAAAGACGCACCCGGAGAUGGCUUUUAUAUUCGAGCACUUUACGACAGGGUGGGGGAGGCUGAAGGAGACCUCAGUUUUAAGAAGGAUGACAUCCUUUAUGUGGAUGAGUCGUUACCAAAGGGCAGCUUUGGGACCUGGAUGGCCUGGCAGCUAGAUGAGAACGCACAGCAGAUCCAGAGAGGACAGAUCCCCAGCAAAUACAUGAUGGACCAAGAGUUUUAUCGCAGACACAGUGUGACAGAAAUGAAGGAAGAUUCCAGCAAGACUCUCUCUGCAGCCGCCCGCCGAUCGUUUUUCAGGAGGAAACAGAAACACAAGCGCAGCAGCUCCAAAGAUAGUAAAGAGAUGGUGGCUCUGGACACCAUCAGCACUGAUUCCAUCCCCUUCCUGGAUGACUGUGUGAGCCUGGCAUACCAGCGAGUCCAGAAGGUGGAGUGCACCUCUCCCCGACCGGUACUGGUACUCGGGCCUCUCAGUGACCCAGUCAAGGAAAUGCUGGUUAAAGAAUCUCCUGGGAAGUUUUGCAGAUGCCUGCUGGAGGUGAUGAAGGCCUCGCAGCAGGCUAUUGAACGUGGUGUCAAAGAUUGCCUCUUUAUUGAUUACAAGCGCAGGAGUGGACACUUUGAUGUCACCACCGUUGCUUCGAUAAAGGAAAUAACAGAUAAGGGCUGUCACUGUUUGCUUGACAUCGCCCCGCACGCCAUUGAGAGACUCCACAGUGUUCACAUCUAUCCUAUUGUGGUCUUCAUUCGUUACAAGAACGCCAAGCAGAUUAAGGAACAGAAGGAUCCAAUUUUUCUCCAGGAUAAAGUAUCUCAAAAACAUUCCAAGGAGCAAUUUGAAAGCGCGCAGAAGAUAGAACAAGAAUACAGCAAAUUUUUCACAGGUAUUGUCCAAGGCGGCAACCUCCCGUACAUUUGCACUCAGAUCACCACUAUAGUUGAUCAAGAACAAAGUAAAGUCCUGUGGACUCCACUUGGCUCCCCCUAGAGGAGCCUGGCCGUCACUAUAGUGAGCCGUGGCUCUGCUUUUCAUUCCCCAAACACUAAUUAACUCUUUCACACUUUACCAAUAGGUACACUACCAUGAGCUAGUUGUGUAAAUUAUUGAUAUAUAUAUUUUUUAUUUCGUCUUUGUUAUGUUUUAUAAUCAGUCUCCUUUAUUUCUGAUGUACUCUGAAGCAGGUUGGUAGCAUUGCAUAUUAACGUUAAGGUUUAAUCAGUCUUCCCUGAGGAUUCUGUCGGUGUGUUCGUUAUGCUGCAUUGUCUGUUUACAGUUCUGAGAUAAGUCUGAAUAUCGGUGUUCAAUAUUUGAUACAAGUGUCCCUUGACCAUAAACCUCAACACUAAUGAAGUUCUGCCGCUCCUGACAUUUGUGGUUUCCCUACAAAUAUGCACCCAUUUGAUGAUGACUGACAACUAAUUAUAAUUUAUUUUAAUUUUAUUUCUUUAUUGUGCACAUGGUGGAUUGAAAAGUGAGAACACAGCUUUACGAUUAAACCGCAAUGACGUUUUUCUGCAGAGGUGAAUUGUGGUUUGUAGCAGUGAUAUGAAAGUGGAAUACCAGCGUCAAGAUCAGUCAUGACAUUUCUUCAACAAUGCAAAUGAAUGCAUUUAAUCUUUAUAACAAAAUGUAGCAGUGGGUUUAAUGAAGCCGCCUGCCAACAAUCUCAUGUUUCGCUCUAUGCAUGGUCCCCAUAGCAGCCAGGUGUGUGGACAGAUAGUAGGCCUUUCAGAAGUGCCUUUACACUAGAAUAUUAAUCUGAAACCAACCGUGGGUCAUUUAACACUAAUUAAGACCUGUUUUAGAUUCCUUUCAAAAGUUCACCUUAACCUGUUGACAAAUGAUGAAGGGGCUGAUCUGAGACCAGCACAGUUUUAGCGAGUAACGAUGGUGAGAAUUUGAAGUUAGGCCGACACGGCGGCCAAAAGGUUAACUCCUCAGAAUGCACUCCAAGUUCAGACUAACCACUGUGUAACUCAUUCUGUUGCUUUAACACUUAUUUAACAAUAUAGAGUAUGCCACAUAUAUGUAGUAUGCAGCUAAAUCUGGGAAGAAAACGUAUAUAGCUAUAUAUUCCAUGUAUUGUCACUUGGUAAUACUCCUACAAGUGUUUGGCAGUCAUGUCAUGCCUCAACAGGUUAAGAGCAUGUAUUAUGUUUUUUGUUUUUUUUCCCUUGUGGUUGGUUGUCAGUCACUUCUCGCCACACCACACAAUUUAAAGACAUGCUACAAAGCUUAGUUUGCAGGGUAAUACCUUUAGGGAUUUUCCUCAAACCUCUUUAAAUGUUAGUGACUUUUAACUGUUGUUCUUUUUUUAUUAUUAUUCAGGAUGCAAAAAAUAAACCCCAAAUAAUGACCCUUAUUAAAGCUAUAUCCUAUAUCUUAUUGUGCCAAAAUCCACUGAAACACCUUUAUCCUCAUAUAAUAUCCUAUAUUUCCUUUUUGCACAUGUUUAUCUGUGAACCCUAAACAUGUUACUGUUCUUGUUUCCAGCAUACUACAGAUAGGUACUAUAAUUUCUACUGUAACUAAUUCAUGUUUUUAUGUUUCACAUCAGUUCCUUACAUUUCAUCGUUGGCCUUUGUUUUUAUUUCUUGAUUUAAAAAAAAAAAGAGGAUCACUUCUUAUUUGAGUUAUUAAAAAGGGAUUUGUCCUUGCACAUUUUUAAUGCAAAUUUGUCGUUGAGUGUGACUAUUGGGCUAAAGGAAAAAGAAGCAAAUUGUAAUGUUACUAUUUUUCUGAGUAGUUAGAGUAAACCAACUUUAGAGUGAGAUGCAACAUAAGAUGGCUGUCUGUUUAGAGAAAAAAAAGUGUUUAGAUGCCAGGUACUGAUUGAACUCUUUCAUUAAAAGAAUGUGAUUUGUAUGUUGAAGCAUUAACAUGAGAAUAAACUCAUUUUCUGUAUCACAUCA